ACAGACAAGGGAGAGAGAUGUGCAAGAACUCUAAGCCGUUCAGUUGAAGACGAGACAUUGCACAGAGAUGGCCACAUUUGGAGUCCGUGGAAUGGGACAACCUCUGGGUAUCCGGUUGUGUUGCUGCCGCGUCUGUACCUGCAUCAACUUUGGUUUCGUUCUGUCGCGGAUCGGUCUGCUGAAGCUGAUGCAGCUGGGUCUGGCCAUGUUGUGCGAGGGCCUGCUUAUACGGUAUGGUGUGCCCUAUGCGGAUUCAAUUGGUCAGGCCCUGACCGGGUUUCUGGCCACCACGGGUCACUGUUUCACCACCACGGGCAUCCUGCUCAUCUGCUAUGCCUUCUCGGACAAGUCCUACAACCUCAUUCGGCAGUCUUUGUUUGAGACGCUCUUCAAUGGUCUCGCCUGCUGCAUGUACUUCAGCUCCGCCAGCUACAUGGGAUUUGCCUGCGUCGUGUGGUUGCAUCCACAGUUCCUGGUGCGUCCCGGCUUCUGGGCCUAUCCUGCCAUGACGGCCUGCUAUUACAUGGGCUAUGCGGCGGGCAUACUGCAUGCUCUGGAUGCCUAUCUAGCCUUUCGGCAUUUCCGAGGAGCACGCUGAGCUCCUCCAGG